UAAAAUUCAGGGACAGGCGUAUGUCCAAUGUCCAUUGUGUGAAGAAUGCGUGCUGAAAUGGUGACGUCAGAAACGAAGUGCAGGUGGCAAAGAACGACUGGCAAAAACAAGUGAACUCCAAUGAAUUGAACGUACAAUACAUACAAUUCGCGUGUCCGUCAUUCGAUCACUUUUACGAAUGAAAACUCAAGAUUGUUACUACCGAAAAAAUUGUUUUUAGACCCACUAAACAAGAUGUCAUUGCUCGUCGCAAAGAGGCUAAAUCCGAUAUGCGUCAAGAUCAAUGGAUGCACUAUUUUACUACCCCUACAACGAUCUAGAAGUACGCAAACUGCAAGUCAGAUUCGUUCCAAAGAUGACGACGAUUAUGAGUACAUACAGAAAAGUAUACUUAACACGAUGCGGUUUCAAGCUAGUUUACCUCGCCUCCCGAUACCGGACCUCAAAAAAACUUGCGAACGAUAUCUAAGUGCGCAAAAACCGAUACUGAUAGAGGAACAAUUCAAACAUACCGAGUCGUGUGUGCAGCGAUUCUUGGUUGGGGAGGGACCUAGGCUCCAAACAGGGUUAAAGAUGUCAAAUUUCAGGAAAAGAUACACCAGCUACAUAACCGAAUAUUGGUUCGACAUGUAUUUAAGGGAUCGCAAACCCCUGCCAAUAAAUUAUAAUCCAGUCAUGGUAUUUACACCAGAGAGAGACCCGCGGUAUGAGAAUCAGCUUGUCAAGUCGACGAAUCUCCUUAUCUCUUCUAUUAGAUUUAUGAAAUCACUAAGAGACAGAGUUCUGGAACCCCACGUUUAUCAUAUGAAUCCUGAGAAGACUGAUAACGAAAAGUACAGGAAAGUCAUGCGGUUAGUGCCUUCAUCUUUGUCCUUCUAUGGAUCGAUGCUGUUAUUUAAGGCUUUUCCAUUAGAUAUGUCACAAUAUGACAACCUUUUUCAUUCGACGAGAAUUCCUGAGUUAGAAAAAGACAUGAUACAAAUCGACGAUACUACAAGACAUGUGGUCGUCAUGAGAAAAGGACAUUUUUAUACUUUCAACGUACUGGAUGAAAACGACCACAUUUAUCCACCGAAAGAAAUAGCCUCCAGUUUGAAAUUCAUCUUGUCUGACGACGGAGAUGCUGCACGAAAUCCUAUCGGCAUAUUAACAACAACUGAGCGCGAUUCAUGGGCCGUAACAAGGCACCAUUUGUCAGAAAUUGGAAACCAGGAUUUACUCAAAACGAUAGACUCUGCUAUUAUGUUGUUAGUCUUAGAUGAAGAAUCUGUAGCUACUGAUUACAAGAAACUUUUAAGGACGUUCUUACAUGGCAGCGGCCUCAACAGAUGGUUUGAUAAAUCAUUCUCACUAAUCGUGGCAAAGGACGGAACGGCUGGUGUCAAUUUUGAACACUCCUGGGGUGAUGGUGUCGCUGUUUUGAGGUACUUUGAGGAUGUAAAAAAGGAUAUAGAUGAGAAGCCGAGAUUCCACCCUGAAGAUGUAGAUUCAAUAUCUUCAGAUAGCACUGUUAGAAAAUUGAGCGUUGUUUCUGAUGACAAAAUCGAUGUGGCGAUUGAAGAAGCCAAGAAACAAUAUAACGAGUGGAUUCAGGAGCUUGGAGUAGAUUACUACAUUUACGACGGAUUUGGGAAGAAAGAGUGUAAAACGUUUGGCGUUAGUCCUGACGCAAUAAUGCAGCUAGCUUUCCAGCUGGCUCACUAUAAACAAGAACGAGAAAUGGUAGCUACUUACGAAUCUUGUAGCACAGCAGCAUUCAAACAUGGGCGAACAGAAACAAUCAGAUCCUGCACUCUCGAAACCAAAGCGCUGUGCGAGGCAGUUACUAAUUCUACUUCAAAAAUCUCCAAUGCUGAACUGAAGAGGAUGAUUAUUAAUUGCAGCGUCACUCAUAGUAGGUUGACCAGAGAGGCGGCACUAGGACAAGGCUUUGACCGGCAUUUAUUUGCGCUAAACAAAGCGUGGCAGAAAGCCGGUAUACAAAAGCCAGCAAUUUUUGAGGACCCUUCCUACGAAACCUUGAAUCACAACAUUCUUUCCACAUCAACUCUAUCGAGUCCAGCUGUUGCUGCUGGAGCAUUUGGUCCUGUGGUCAAAGAUGGCUACGGCAUUGGGUACAUGAUUCAAGACAACAGACUUGGUGCUGUAGCAACGAGUUAUCAAGACCAACGUAACGCAAGCGAUUAUACACAGAAUUUAAAGUCUGCCAUUAAAGAUAUUCACAAUAUAUUGUUGGCAGAAUAACUCCAACGUAGAAUAUUCAUGGCCAAAAGUGUUUCACCUGAGGAGUAUCCAGUUUUUUGCGAUAAAAAUGGAGAAGAAUUUAGUGUAAUCGAAAAUGAGAAAAAAAACGAAAACGAAUCUCAACUCGUUUGGGAUUUGCUUUUGGAAAUAUUUCUAGCUUUUCCACAAUCUGUUUUGAUUGAUAUUCAUCAAGGGACUCGAAUUAGGGCAACGGUUCUCCUACUUUAUGCAUAAUUUUCAGACAAAUUUUGUCAAGCUCAAUUCUCAGGAUAAAAAAAGCCUAGCAUACGUAUGAUCGUCGAAUUACUUGCCAGAGAGCAUGUUGUGAUUAUGUAUAGACUAUUAAAUACUACAAUUUAUUAUAUUUGCAUUGUAAUUUAUAUAUUAAAUAUAUGGAUUUUGUAAUUCACAUUUUUGUUACACGAAUUAGAUCUGAAUGAAGUGAUUGUAUCUUCAAAUACCGUAAAAUAUCCUAUUUGCUUGUUUUCUUGUUGUUACUUUGAAUCUGGCGAGUAUUUUCAAUUUAAGGAAUCAAUUGAAAAGUAUAACAUAGAAUUUGAGGCUCGUUUUUUAAUUAUUUUAUUAUUUAACUCCUAACGAUACGAUUUAUUCAUCACACCUUGCUAAGCUCAUCUAACAUUAUUUACACUACGGUCCACUGCAUUUUAUUAGAUAAUAGACUCUAGAUAUGAUACCAGAUAAUACUUUACGUAACAUUCCUUACUUGAUAAUUGAAUUUACACGUAACGGAUGGGCUAUGAAAAAGCAAAGAAA